GCAGUCUCCGAUGAUCACUCCUCGUCAGCCAUGUUGUUGGUGUGACACACGGAGCUGUCAUCAACAGGUUCUCAGAGUACAAGUGUGGCACAAAACUCAACAUUUCUUCCAUAAGUGCAACUUUCCUUGGAUACUGAACUUGACUGUGUGUCUGGGGAAACCGUCCAGAAGUGGUGGGCGAUCAUUUCAAGCGAUUUGAAAGCUCGGAAGUUGGUGUUUUAUGUCCGCGGUGAAAGAGAUGGCUGUGAGCUGUAGCUGAGCGGGAGGUCUCCACGUGCAAAAUGAAUGGUGGUCCAAGUAUAUGGGGAAUCUCUCCAGAGGAGAGAGACAAACAUGAUCAGAAGUUUGACACCCUCUCCCCAUCAAUGGGCUACGUCUCAGGAGAACAGGCAAGGAAGUUUUUCCUCCAGUCAGGGCUGCCUUCUUCUGUGUUGGCUGAGAUAUGGGCUCUGGCUGAUAUGAAUAAGGAUGGGCAGAUGGACAGGUUGGAGUUUUCUAUUGCUAUGAAGCUCAUAAAGCUAAAACUCCAGGGCACGCCGCUUCCCUCUGCACUGCCAGUCAUCAUGAAACAGCCUCCAGUGCCCAUUCCCAGUCUUAAUAACCCCACCACUUCCAUGUCAGGCUCCGCUUAUGGUAUAGGUUCUAUGUCUAUGAUGCCUGGAACAAACCUUGCCAUGUUAGCCCCUAUCUCCGUUGCAAACUCUGGACUCGCACCUUUGACGCCGAUGACUGGUCUCACCCCUUUGGUUCCUUCAGCAUCAGGUCUAAACCCACUAAUAGCCUCAACCCCUACCAGGCCGCUGAUGCCCACAAUGGGGAACACUGCACUGUCCAAUGGCACCAUGGGAAUUCUCCAGCCAAUCACUUCCGGACCUUUGACUACCGGCCUACCUCUAUCUGCAACUCCGUACUCCUCCCCGCUUGGACUCUCCUAUUCUCCUGCUGGUAUAAACAAUACCGGAUCACUGCUGGACCUGGGAUCUGGCAGCUCUGCUUCAUCAUCUCCAUCUGUGAUGUCUCCCAUGGCUGCUGCUCCCAGUGACUGGGCUGUCCCUCAUGGCUCUAGACUGAAAUAUAGACAGCAGUUCAACAGCUUGGAUAAACAGAUGACUGGAUACCUCACCGGUCAGCAGGUUAGAGGUGCCAUGGCAACCACGAUGCUGACACAGACUCAGCUGGCCUCCAUCUGGACAUUAGCUGAUGUGGAUAAGGAUGGCAAGUUAAAGGCAGAGGAGUUUAUUCUGGCAAUGCAUCUUGUCGACAUGGCAAAGACUGGCCAACCGCUGCCACUAACACUGCCAGCAGCGCUGAUACCACCCUCACAAAGGAGUGCAGUGAAUGGGUCCAGCCCUUCUCUAUAUGCAGCUCUGACUGAUGACCUGGACAUUGAGCCUCCACAAAAAGCCAAAACCAUCAUGUCGUUCGAGGAUAGGUUCAAAGCAAACCUGGAGCGAGGGAAUGCAGAGCUGGAGAAAAGGCGACAGUCUCUGCUGGACGCAGAGAGGAGGGAGCAGCAGCGGCGUUUACAGAAGGAGAGAGAGGAGCGAGAAAGGAGGGAAAAGGAAGCUCGUGAGGCUGAGGAGAGGAGGAGGCAAGAAGAGGAGAGGAGGCUGGAGCGACUAAGGGAGCUGGAGAGACAAAAAGAGGAAGAGAGACAGAAAGAGAUAGAGAGAAAAGAGGCUGCCCAGAGGGAGCUUGAGCGUCAAAGGAAGGAGGACUUUGAGAGGAGAAGGCGAGGAGAGCUGCGGAUAAAGAAGGAGCAGGAGCAGGAUGAGAUCAUCAAACUGAAGGCCAAGAAGAAGAGUCUGGAAAUGGAGUUGGAGGCAGUGGGCAACAAACACCGUCAGAUCUCAGACCGACUUCGUGACAUUCAGAACAAGAAGAAGCUUCAUAAGACGGAGGUGGAUCUUUAUUAUCAAAGGAAAGACGCACGUCAACAAGAUAUUCACAACCUACAGAAACAGCUAGAGGAGUUUGAGAGGAAGCUGUUGCAGCUGACUCCAGAGCAGAAGAGACUGAAUGAGAAGCUUAGAAACAUGGCUCUGAGCAACAUGUCUGGGUCGACUACGUCCACCCUGAAGGUGGGUGUAACAGAGAAGAAAGGAACGUGUAUGAAACUGAGAAAUCAGCUUGAAACUCUGGAGAAAGAGACUGCUGCCAAACUAUCUGAGAUGGACCAGUAUAAUAAAGACCUGCAGGAACUGAGAGAAAGCCAGAGAAAGCAGCAGGCAGCGCUGGAAAAACUGCGAGCCAUCAAAGCAGAAAAGCAGCGUGAGCUGAUCCGGCGGAAGGAGCAGGAAGAGGAGAGGAGGAGGAGGGAAGAGGAGAGGAAACAACAAGAGGAAGAAAGGAGACGAAAGGAGGAGGAGGAAGCUCAAAGGCGUAUUAAAAUGGAGAAGGAGCGUCAGUGGCAGGAGAAGCUGAGAAGGGAUGAAGAAGAGCGGCAGAGGAAGCUUCAGGAGGAAAGAGAGGCCAAACAGAGGGAGGAAGAGGAGAAAGAAAGACAGGCGCUCAUCCAGGCUGCCAGGGAGCAGGCUGAACGAGAGCUACGAGCAAAGGAGGAGGCCGAGCGGAAGAGAAGAGAGGAGGAGGAGAGGAAAAAAAGAGAGGAGGAGGAACGUAGGAGGCAAGCAGAGAGACGCAGACAGGAGGAGGAGAGGCGGAAGCUCGAGGAAGAGAGGAAGCAAUUGGAGGAAGAGAGAAGGAAAUUGGAGGAAGAAAGGAGACAAGAGGAGAGGAGGAGGAAAGAAGAGGAAGAAAGCAGAAGGAAGGAUGAGGAGGAAAGGCACAGGAGGGAGGAGGAGAGAAAGAGAUUAGAGGAGGAGAGGAGAGAGGAGGAGCGCAGGAGGGAGAGGGAGGAGGAAGACAGGAGGAGACAGAGGGCAGCUGAGGCGGCUCUUCGAGAUGCCGAGGAAAGAAAGAAGUGGGGGGAAGAAGAGAGAAAGAGGAGACAGGAGGAGGAGAGAAAGAAGAAAGAGGAGGAGGACAUGAGAAAACGGGAGGAAGAGAGAAGAAAGCUCAAGCAGCAGCAGGAGGAGGAGAGAAAAAGGGCAGAUGAGGAAAGGAAGAAAGAGGAUGAGGAGAGGAGGAAGGCUGAGGAAGAAAGAACAAGAAAAGAGGAGGCAUCUCGUCAGCAGCAAGCGAAUGGAGGGAAGCUGGACAUUCAGGAGAAGCUACAGGCUCUGUUGAGGGGGCUGGAGGAGAGGAAAGGUGGGCAGCCAAAGGCCAAACAGCACAGGAAGUCAGCUGCUCUCACAUCCUUCAAAGCCCUCUACCCGUUCACUGCCAGAAACAACGAAGAGCUCAGCUUUAAUGCAGAUGAUGUCAUUGAGGUUGAUGAGACGACGGAGCGUGAGGAGGGCUGGCUGUAUGGCAGCAAACAGGGGAAGAUAGGCUGGUUCCCAGAGAGCUACGUCGAGAGAGUUACCCCAUUAGAGGCAACUAAAAAUGCAGCUGCUGCUCCUUCUAAAUUGCCACUCCAGUCACAGCUUUCCAAUGUCCUCGAAGCUGCUAAGGCGGCAGGGGCUAAAUCUGCCUUUACCCCAACACAUUCUCCAAACCCUGCACCCUCUGAGACACAUGGACAGCAGGUAGUGGGCAACCUUCUGGCUCAGGCCCUGUGUUCCUGGACAGCAAAGACAGACAACCAUCUGAACUUCAAUAAGGACGAUGUGAUUCAAGUGUUGGAGCAGCAGGAGAACUGGUGGCUGGGAGAGCUGAAUGGUGAAAAGGGUUGGUUUCCCAAAACAUACGUGGCCCUGCUGGAAGAAGAGGAAAGCUCAGACACGAAGAGUUCCCCUCCUGAUGCUACAGACUCUGGCGACAGUCUUCAGCUUGAAGAGUACGUAGCGUUGUACACAUAUGAGUCUCCAGAGCCUACUGAUCUGACGUUCAAAGAUGGGGAUGUGAUCUUGGUAAGCAAGAAAGAAGGAGAGUGGUGGAUUGGAUCAACAGGCGACCGCAGAGGCCUCUUCCCCGGCAACUACGUCAAACCUAAACCUAAGGCUGAUGCAUCAAGCAUAUCUGGAAAGAAAAAGCCAGAGAUCGCCCAGGUGAUUAGAGCCCAGUCCUCUUCUGGCCCUGAACAGUUGUCUAUGGAAAAUGGCCAGCUCAUCCUCAUUCUCGGCAAGAACUCCUCCGGAUGGUGGCUUGGAGAACUUCAGGCGCGUGGUAAGAAACGUCAGAAGGGCUGGUUCCCGGCCAGUCAUGUUAAAAUAUUGGGAUCCAACAGCGGCAAAUCUACACCGGCACCCCAACCAGUCUGUCAGGUCAUCGCCAUUUACGACUACGCUGCUGCUAACCAGGAUGAACUGAGCUUUUCUAAAGGACAACUGCUCAACGUCUUAGACAAGACUGACCCCGACUGGUGGAAAGGAGAAAUUAACGGGGUCACUGGUCUCUUCCCCACUAAUUACGUUAAGAUGACCACAGCAGACUGUGACCCCAGCCAGCAGUGGUGUGCAAACCUGAACAGCCUGGACUCUAUGAGUCCCCAGGAGAAGAAGAGGCAGGGUUACAUCCAUGAGCUGAUUGAGACUGAGGAGAGAUAUGUGGAAGACCUGAACAUUGUACUGGAGGUUUUCCACAAGCCUAUGUCUGAGUCAGGCCGGCUGGAUGAUGCAGAGAUGACUAUGAUCUUUGUCAACUGGAGAGAACUUCUGGCCUGCAACACUAAACUUGUCCAGGCUCUCCGUGUUCGUAAAAAGACGAGUGGGGAGAACAUGCCGGUGCAGAUGAUCGGAGACAUCCUGGCUGCAGAGCUGUCCCACAUGCAGCCCUACAUCCGUUUCUGCUCGUGUCAGUUCAACGGCGCUGCGCUGCUCCAGACCCGUACUGACAACGAGCCGGACUUCAAGGACUUUCUCAAAAAAAUCGCCACAAACUACAGGUGUAAGGGAAUGCCACUGUCCAGCUUCCUGCUAAAACCCAUGCAGAGGAUCACACGCUACCCACUGCACAUCAAAAAUAUCCUAGAGUGCACCGCCGAGGGUCACGCUGAUCGAGUUCCUCUGAAAGAGGCUCUGGAGAGGGCUGAGGAACUGUGUCAACAGGUGAACGAGGGUGUGAGGGAGAAGGAGAACUCUGAUAGACUUGAAUGGAUUCAGAACCACGUACAAUGUGAUGGAGCUGCUGAGAAUUUGGUCUUUAACUCUCUUACCAACUGUUUGGGCCCCAGGAAACUGCUGCACAGUGGUAAGAUGUAUAAGGCAAAGAGCAACAAGGAGCUGUGGGCUUUCCUCUUUAACGACUUCCUGCUGUUAACUCAUGCGGCUAAACAGUUUACUUCAUCUGGGCCUGAUAAACUGUUCAGCAACAAGAACAAUGUUCAACUCAAGAUGUACAAACCACCUGUGCUGCUAAACGAAGUUCUGGUUAAACUACCAGAUCCGUCCAGCGACGAUCCCGUUUUCCACAUCUCACACAUCGAUAGAGUCUACAUUCUCAGGACUGACAACAUCAAUGAACGGACGGCAUGGGUUCAGAAGAUCAAGGCGGCAUCCGAGGAAUUUAUCGAAACUGAAAAGAAAAAAAGGGAAAAAGCUUAUCAAGCACGAUCUGUGAAGAGUGGAAUCGGCAGACUCCUUGUCACCAUCCUGGAAGCCACUGAACUGAAGGCGGGAAAACCCAGUGGUAAAAGUAACCCUUACUGUGAGGUGACCAUGGGAGCUCAGAUCUUCAUGUCCAGAACCCUAAACGACACUUUGAACCCUAAGUGGAACUUUAACUGUCAGUUUCACAUCAAAGACCUCUACCAGGACGUCCUCUGCAUCACCGUCUUCGAAAGAGAUCAGUUCUCGCCUGAUGUAUUCCUGGGUCGGACAGAGGUUCCUGUGGCAACUAUAAAGAAAGAGUUGGAGAACAAGGGACCAGUGACACGGCGUCUUCUGCUGCAUGAGGUCCCUACAGGAGAAGUGUGGGUCCGCCUCGACCUGCAGCUCUUUGCCAACAAAUAGCCAUGUAGGAAGAACUAAUAUGAGGAACUGUGUCUUCCAAAGACACCCAAAUAAGAGGGAUUAACCAAAUGGGACAAGUUGCUUGUUUUACAAAAGAGAGUAGGAUAGUUUUCUACCCCAUGCGUUACAUAAACUCUAAGAAAAUACCGUAAUCUAGAGACACACGAUGCCUUAAAAAUGUAAUAUUAACCAGCACUAAUAAUACCUCUGAUGUCAUGUAGAUCUUCCAGUAGGAAAAGGGGACUGUGUGACAUCAUCUCUACCAAGCAAUAGGAGUCCUCUCCCCCCUCCCAUGAGACCAGGCAGAAAGGGAAGCAUAACCCGUUCAGCAUGUUGUGUCUUUGCUGUCUUUACACUCUGAAGGGCCUAAUAAAAGAGAGGACCUCUGGCAUCUUAAGCAGCAGAGACACAAGGUGUCACAAAUCUGAAUGUGCAAAGAAAUACUUAGAAGCAAACAAUUUUAAUUUUAACUAUUAAAGCAAUAAAAGUGUUUUGUUUUUUGUUUUUUGUUUUUUUGUGUGUGUGUGUGUGGAAAGUCUAACAUGUUUUUCUUUAACAGCAGUUGAUUUUUAAGUAAUCACGUUGCCAAGUCUCAUCAACCAAGGCCAUCCAACAAGUUGACAUUGAAGGAACUAGUGUUUUAUCUUAACUGUCAAGACAUGUAUAUGUUAGAUGUUUUUUUUUAUGGCUGUGCUGACCUUAUUUUGGGCCGUCACCGAUCGUAAGCUGUCUGGCUCAGCGUCAUCCUCUCUCAGCAACUUUAAGGGCUUCACAAACAUUAGGUGACAGAUGAUGGACAGCAACAUGAAAUUCAUCAGACAGCCUGGAGAAGAGGUUUUAGUUUGUAGCUCUGGUCUGAAGUCGGUUUACUACUGUAGACACAAGAUCCCAGAAUUUGUCAUUCUGGGUCGAGUCUGUGUCACUGCAACAAUAUUGAACAGAAAUUUGUUGAGCUUUUUUUGUGUGUGGUGUGUGUACUUGUGUAAGGACAUUUUUUAACGUAAAACUAAAGAUACUGAAAGAGUCAGGAUACAGAAGCAAAUAUGACUUUUGAUUCUGCAAUAUUUGGAAUGAAUUUACAACUUCUGGCUGUAACACAAGUCGUCUUUAAAUCCUUUUCAUUUUCUAAAAUCGUUUGAUUUUAUGAGUUUGGGAUUGUUGAUGCUCAUCUUCUUAGCUUUUUUUUGUGAGCAAAAUCAGCCAAGGCCAAGUAAUUUCAAGUGAGAGAGUAAGGUAAUUAAGUGGGAAAACAAAAAAAAGUAAAAACUGUAUUAAUGAACCAUCUCAUUUUUUCUGUCUUACCGUUCGAUGGAAUUGAUUUUGAUGAUUUAAGUUCUUUGUGAUAUCACAGUUGGCGUUUUCUCAGCAAUAAAAAACAGUAUUUUCUCAGUUUUUUGGUUUUCACACUUUCACCCUGAAAGGUGCAUUUUUAAGUGUUAUGCUUUAGUCCCUGCCUCGCAGACAUCAUUAUCCUUGUGUUGCCUCAAAAUGUUGCCCUUUAUAAACAUGAAAACUAGAAGAUUUUAGGAUGUAAAAGCUGCAUAUUUGUGUUGUAGGUGUUUGUGUUUCUUUUUUUUUUUUUUUUUUUUUGCUCCCGUUCAGCUUCUCCUCUGACUGCCUGUGCUCUGGAUAUGAACAGAAGAGUGUUGUAUUUAUUUCUUAAUUUAUGCGUGUGACUAUCCAAAGUAUCAGAACUUGCUGUGUCAUCUCGGAUAAUCAGUUGGGUUUCUCUGGGUUUGUCUCGUCACCCGUUAAAAUAUGUUGAAACUCACUUGUACUGGUAAAAGACUUUAGUCACCAGUAACUUUCUAUGGCCUGCUGUUUUGUCCUCUGAUAUUCUGUCACUUUUUGUCUUGUUCAAUCAGCAAGUUUGUUUUUAAGUCUUGAAUUAACUCGUGUUUUUUGAAGUUGUGGAAAAUAUGCAGAGACUGGACUUCCUUUCUUUUAUGUAUAUUGGUGUUGAAGCUUAUAUUUUGCUUUUUAUUUUCUGUGGCUGUAACCCAGACUGUCAGCGUGGAGUCUGUAACCUGCUGUUUGUACUCAUUUUGGCCUCUAUGUGGCGCUCAGAAUCAGGGUUUUUGAAGGCAAAUUAAAGACAUUAAAAGUUAA